AUGCAUUUGGGGAGUUUUAUCAACCGGGCAUCUCUUUUCUUUCUUGGUCUUGCCUCCUUGUUAUACUACAGAUAUCUUCCUGCAAGAAAUAUGGCCCAAGAAUCCACAAAUUCCAUUUAUGAAUUCACUGUCAAGGAUGUCCGUGGAAAUGAUGUGCCAUUGAGCAAUUACCAAGGGAAGGUUCUUCUCAUUGUGAAUGUUGCUUCAAAAUGUGGUUUAACACUGUCAAAUUACAAAGAAUUAAAUAUUUUGUACGAGAAGUAUAAUGACCAAGGUUUCGAAAUAUUGGCAUUUCCUUGCAAUCAGUUUGCCUGGCAAGAACCAGGAACUAAUGAGGAAAUUCAAGAAGCCGUUUGCACAAGGUUUAAAGCAGAAUUUCCAAUUUUCGAGAAGGUUGAUGUCAAUGGGAAGAAUGCAGCCCCACUCUACAAGUUCUUAAAAUCGGAAAAGGGCGGUUUGCUUGUAGAUGCUAUCAAGUGGAAUUUUACAAAGUUUCUGGUGAACAAGGGAGGAAAAGUUGUGGAGAGAUAUGGUCCUAGGACCCCGCCUCUUGAAAUCGAGAAAGACAUACAAGAUGCUUUGGGCUUACCUUGA